AUGACGGCAACAUUGGAUAUUGUCAAUCAAAGCUUCGUUGACGAACUCUCUAAAGGUCAGCCACUAUACGAGAAAACCCCAAUUCAGGCUCGCGACAUCCUAGAGACCGUCCAACAGCAUACGCCAGCUUCCGACAUCACUCAAGAAACCAUCGAGAUUUCUUUCGAGUCGGGUACUGUCAAGACUGUCAUAUUCAGACCAGCUAAUUCUGGCAAUGAUUUGCCCACCAUCUUCUAUACCCACGGAGGUGGCUGGAUCCUUGGAAGCCCCACCGUCCACGGUUCUCUUGUGGAAGAUCUCGCACGACAAACCGGCGCAGCAGUAGUAUUCCCAUACUACAGCCCAGCCCCGGAGAAGCAGUACCCAGUCCAGUUCGAAGAAUCCUUUACAGUUCUGAAGUACAUUGUCGAAAAUGGCGCCAAGCACAAGCUCAAGACCGAGACGGUGGCUCUGGCUGGUGACAGUGUUGGCGGCCACAUGGCGAUUGCAAUGGUCCAGUUAAUCCAGGACCGCAGCCUCCCCGUCAAAGUUCCCCACCUUGUUCUCUUCUACCCCGUCACCGACACCAACGACAAGAGCGAAACCUAUAAGAUCUACAAGGAUGGGCCUUAUCUCAGCGAGCAGACCAUGGAUUGGAUGAUAGACGCUUUCCUUCCGAACAAAGCAGACCGACAGAAUACAUUGACGUCCCCUUUGAAAUAUGCAGCUGAUGAAGUGUUGUCCAAGUUCCCACCGACAACAGUGUUCUUGUCUGGCGCUGACCCGCUGAUUGGAGAAGGAGAAGCGUUUGGUCUGCGACUGCAGAAGGCUGGAGUUGAGACUGCGAUUAUCAAGGCUGAGGGCCAGAUUCAUGAUUACGUUAUGCUUGAGCCUAUUCGGACGACGGCCACCGCUAAGGCGGUUGUUGAGUUGGCCGCUCUGCAUUUGAAGAAGGGAUUAGCAUAG